AUGGCGGCCGUGAGGUGUUUACGGAGAGUGUGGAGAGCCGCCGUUCCUGACGUUUCGUUGAGGGGCCUGUCAAGUAUCAUUCCCAAGGUCACCCAAGUGGAUAAUUCUUCAGAUUUCUUGAGCAAAGUUCCUCACCGCAAGCACCCUGGGAUUGUCCACCUCAAAGCUGUCAGGCUUCCGCCUGAGUUAAUAGAGGCUGCUCGCUUUCAGAUGGAUGAAUCCUCCGUUCGCAAUGUGGAGCAGCAGGCCAAGGCCCUCACCAAUUAUCUGUGGAGCCGCAAACGCCCCGUCGAGGAAGAGGAGUUGCGCAGGAGGGCCCAGUUUCUGGAGCAGAAACUGCGAGGGGAGUCAGCCCCUCUGAAAGAUGCACUGAGUGAACUGGACCAGGCCAAAGAGAAAAAACUGAAGAAGGCAGUCCUGACCGCCCUCCGUAAGACAACUUAUUGCUGGGUGGCGCUUAAUUACACGGAAGAGCUCAGUUUUUUAUAUAUGGCAGCCCGGAUGGAUGGGGUGUUUGCCGCUGUGUCCCGAGCCUUCCAUGAGAUCCAGACGCGAGUCCCCGACUUCCAGCCCUCCACCCUGUUGGAUUUUGGCUCUGGGACCGGCGCUGUCAGCUGGGCAGCACAUAGCAUCUGGGGCAAGACGUUAAAGGAAUACAUGAACAUCGACUCCUCCACUGCCAUGCUGGCCUUGGCUGAGAGGCUGAUGAAAGGGACCUCCCAGAACCAGGAUCCAUGCUUCCCUGGAGUCUAUUUCCGGCAGUACCUCCCAGUGUCGCCCAAGGUGAAGUUUGACCUCGUGGUAUCGGCUUUCUCCCUCAACGAACUGCCGAGCUAUUCACAGAGAGUGGAGACCGUGCAAACCCUCUGGAGAAAGACCGAUAGCUUCUUGAUUCUAAUAGAAAAUGGAACCAAGGAAGGCCAUCAGAUGCUCAUGGAGGCUCGAGAUGUCAUAUUACAGGGCAUGGAUAAAGUAAUUCGUGACCCCCGAGAACCUCACAUUUUUGCCCCGUGUCCGCACCAUUUGCCUUGUCCCCGCUUAUCGGGCGACUGUCCUCUGCCGUGUAACUUCAUCCAGGCCUAUCACCCCUUUCCUUUCAAAUGGAACCCGCAGCAGAAGGAGGAGAGAUUCUCCUUCCUGAUCCUGCAGAGAGGGUCAGGGGAAGCAAAUGAACCCUGGCCUCGCAUUACCCAGCCUGUCCUCUGCCGGUCCCACCAUGUCCACGUCCACCUCUGCUGCCCUGACGGCACCCUACAGCAUGCAUGCAUUACCACUGGAAAACAUGGCAGGGACCUUUACCGAUGCGCAAGGGCGAGUAACUGUGGAGACCGUUUGCCGGUUUUGCACCUCGAUGGCGAGCCGGCUUUGGAUGAAGAGGUAGACCUUGCGGACGAAGAGCAGAGUUGA